AUGAACUUUGAAAAUAAAGUACCGGAUGAUACCAGUCGAAAUUUGGUUGAUUUAUCACAAGUUGCUACCGCACAAGAUAAUAGUUCAUUUCUUUUUUGUACUGACGAUGCAAGCAGAUUGCACACAGAACAUAAUAAAAUCAAAAGAAGUAUCUCGAAAUGUCAAGCACAAACCAGUAGCGACACAUCAAUAGAAAAAUCGGACGAUAGUUCAGAAGUUUUGAGUAAGCGACAAAAAUUAAAUGAAAGUGUGUGUAAUACCAGUGCAGAAAGUGACAAUACAGUGCCGUUUAAAAAAAGUACAUUAAUAGUGGAGCAGCAAAAUUAUCAUUUGAUAAAUGAGUCGGUUAAGAACGAAUCAUCGAAUUCAAAUUUAGAAAUGGGAUCAGCAACUGCUAAUAAUUUCCAAUCUAAUCCAUGUAGACACAAAGAUAAUUCGAAUAAAUGGGAAGCUACUAAAGAGGAUGAAAGAGAGGAACAAAAAGAAGAUGAAAAUAAUAGAAAAGAUGAAAACAAUAAAAAAGUAGCUGAUUAUUUAAAAUUAAAAAAAAAAUUUCCUACUUGGCAUAUUGUACCGGAAGUCAUAAAUCGCCAAAUAGGUAGCAAUCCAUUAUUCGAAAGACGGUUCUAUAGUUCUUUAUAUGCAGUAGAGCGGUUCCAACUCAUGUAUAAAUUUUAUCUACCCGUAACGCAUGAUAAAACGAUAGAUAUCUUAAAUUUCAAUCACAAAGGAAAUUUAUUAAUGUGUGUCGUUUAUGAUGAGAUUUCUAUUUGGGAUUGGGCUAUAGGGAAAAAAAGCUUUAUUUUUUCAAUUAAUGAUGACAUCUGUGUAUUAUAUGCCAAGUGGUUGCCAUUAGACAAUUAUGUGGCCUUUUCUGGUGAAGAUAGUUCGGUAUGUUUGUUAGAAAUUGAAAACAACAUAUUGACAAAAUUGGCGACACAUGACGGAAGAUCGUACAAAUUGGCUGUGCAUCCUGAAAUACCUCAUGUAAUCCUUUCAGCUGGAACUGACUCAAAAGUGUUAUCCAUAGAUAUUCGGGAAAGCAAUCCAACAGAGUUACUUGAAGUAAAGGAAAAUUCAUUAAAUGUACUAUUACACAGUAUAGAUUUUAAUCCUUCAAAUAGUAAUGAAUUUUGCGUUGCUGGUCAGUCUUACUGUGUUAUGGCUUACGAUCGGCGAAAAGUUUCAGAACCGCUUUAUAAACUGUGGCCUUAUGAUGUAGAAAAUGGUGAAAAUGAAUUUGUAACGUCUGCUACGUAUAACUAUAACGGAACAGAAAUUCUUGUUUCAUAUGAUAGAAAGGGCUCAUUCUUAUUUAAUAGAUUAAUAACGUCAUCACGUGGAAAUUACGGCCAUAUAUAUCAGAAUGUAUUUAACGGUAUUUUUUUCGGACCUAAAAGCGAAUAUAUUGUAGCUGGAUACGUUAAUAAAAUAUUUAUUUUGGAAAAAAAUUCGAAAUCUGUUAUACAAUGUAUGACAGGAGAUAGAGAUUACAUAUCUUGCUUGGAAAGUCAUCCGCAUAUUCCCAUUCUUGCGGCAUGCGGAGAUGAUGAUAGCGUUAAACUGUGGGUACCUUCGGAAGGAAAACUUUCAGUAUUGAGGUCAUUCGGAAAGCAUUUUCGUGCGUACCCAUUACAUUACAAAUCAAAUUCAAGUUUAGGAGAAAAUGAUACCAAUGACAUCCAUUUUGAUGAUGAUGAUCGUAAUUUCAGGAACUCUGGAUCGAACACUCUAUCGAAUAAUCUAUCCGAAAGCGACGACAUUGAAUAG